AUGACUGUGGUAAACGGCAGCUUCAAAGUAAUGUCUAUCUUCGUCAGACAUGUGGUGCAGCAAGCAUCGGCAAUAGAUUCCCCAGUAGCCAGGACUACUGCGGAACCAGAAAUCCAGCUCUCUGCAGGAGGAUUUGAAGCGCUUAUUGGAGUUGAAGAGAUCAACUCCAGCAAUGACCUUCUACCCAACAUCACCCUAGGAUAUAAAGUGUACGAAUCUUUUGGAUCUGAACAGAUCGCGCAGAUGAAUAUACUGAGACUGUUAACAGGGACAGGUGAUGUAAUACCUAAUUACGCCUGUUCAAAAGAAAACAAAAUUAUUGCUUUUAUUGGAGACAGAAAUACUGCACCGUCCCUCUCGAUGGCUACACUUACCGGCAUGUACGGAUAUUCCCAGGUCAGUUAUGGAGCUAUGGAUUCAGUCUUUGAUGAUAAGCACCAAUUUCCAUUUUUCUUUAGAACAGUUCCUAAUGAACGUAAACAAUAUGGUGCAAUUCUAAAGAUCCUACAUCACUUUGGCUGGACUUGGGUGGGGAUUGUAGCUUCAGACGAUGACAGCAGCCUAAAAGGAAGCCAAGAACUGAAGGAACUUCUCCUCAAAAGCGGUUACUGUGUUGCUUAUUUGAAGCUAUUAAUUAAAUUUUCAGAUACAAUAGAGACUGACAUACUAGAUAUUUUUUAUGAGAUAUCAAGAUCUACAGCCAACGUUGUUAUACUCUACACACACAGUGAUUACAUGAUCAUAUUUGCACAAUUUUUGAGUAAAGAGGAAAUACCAGCAGUAGCUUGGAUCAUCACAUGUACAUUAACAUCUUCCCCUGAAUUAUACACAAUGCUGAUGUUUAAUGGGUCUCUGGUACUUUCUCUCAGAAAAGGAAAUAUCCCAGGGUUGAGAGAUUUUAUGUAUAGUGCAAAUCCGCAGAAGUAUCCUAAUGAUAACAGAUUUGAAUGUGCAUGGUCUAUAGAAUUUUAUUGUGGCCAAGUUGGUUCCCAUAAUGACACUUAUGUUACUGGCUACAGGGAAUCAGAAAUUAGGUUACCACCAUGUACAGGGAAUGAAACACUGAGGGAUAUUCCUCUCCGUGAUUAUGAUGUCCAGAACUUCAGGAGAACAUACAGCAUUUAUACAGCUGUCUAUGCACUAGCUCAUGCAUUGCACACAAUGCUCUCUGACAUUAAGGAUAUCGGUCAUCAGAAGACAGAAUUCAGACAGUGGCAGUUGCGUCAUUAUCUGCAGAGCCUUCACUUCUCACUUCUCUCGGAUACAAUCUAUUUUGAUGAGGUCGGGAACCUCCCAUGGUAUUAUGAUAUUGUGAACUGGAUAUUGCCUGACGGUCCGAUCAGUAUUGGAAACUUCAACGCUUCUGCACCGGAGAAAGAUCAGUUUUUUAUCAAUACAACCGCAAUCCAGUGGCACCAAAUGUUCACAGAGAUCCCCCGCUCCACGUGCAGUGAUACCUGCCACCCAGGUUACAGAAAAUCUACUCGUCAGGGUCAACACAGCUGUUGCUAUGACUGUGUUCCAUGUUCAGUAGGAUCAAUCACUAAUGCAACGGACAUAGAAACCUGCACACUCUGCCCUGAAGAUCAGUGGUCCAAUCAAGGAAGAGACACCUGUAUUCCAAGAACUGUAGAGUUCCUCUCAUAUGAAGACCCAUUGGGUGCUGCCCUUGCUGCUGUGGCUGUUGUCCUGGCUGUAAUAACAGCAUUAGUGUUAGGACUUUUUAUAUUAAAUUGGGACAGUCCUGUAGUCCGAGCCAAUAACAGGGACCUCAGCUUCUUGCUCCUGUUUGCCCUCAUGUUAUCCUUCUUCUGCUCCUUGUUAUUUAUUGGGUAUCCUGGGAAAGGGACUUGUAAACUGCGACAAACAGUAUUUGGACUUUUUUUCACUGUUGCUGUCUCUUCUGUCCUGGCUAAAACCAUCACAGUUGUCAUUGCAUUCAAAGCCACAAAGCCUAAUAGCAAAUUAAGGAAUUUUUUAAGGACCAGCAUGUCCUUUGGUUUUGUCCUUAUCUGCUCAUUGGGUCAGGCUGUUAUAUGUACUGUGUGGUUAAUCACUUCUCCUCCUUACCCAGACUAUGACUCCCAGUCCGUCACAGGGAAGAUGAUAUUAAAGUGUAAUGAAGGAUCCCCUAUUGCAUUCUAUAUUGUUGUUAGUUACUUGGGGGUUCUUGCUGCUCUGAGUUUCUUUGUUGCUUUUGUAGUAAGGAAGGUGCCUGAUCAUUACAAUGAAGCCAAGAUGAUCACCUUCAGUAUGCUGGUGUUCUGCAGUGUCUGGAUUACCUUUAUCCCAGCCUACCUGAGUUCCAACAGCAAAUACAUGGUGGCUUUGGAGAUCUUUGCCAUCACGGCAUCCAGCAGUGGAAUACUGGGCUGUAUCUUCUUCCCCAAGUGUUACAUCAUCAUGCUAAGACCCGAUCUAAACAAGAAAGUGAACUUUAUAACUAAACACACAAAUAUCAAAACAUAG